AUGGCAAAAACAAAAUGCAUAAAUCAAAAAGAAAGAAUAACAAAAGUACCCAUUAUUGAAGUUGUCUCAAAUAUUAUUUGUGAUUAAAAGGGAGUCAAUCAUUAAGAUAAUGAAUCAAUUUAUAAUUUAAUAUCGAAAAGUAAACAUAAUUUGUAUAAGAAUAUUUUAUCAGCUUUUAAAAGACAUAUUACCUAGUGCGAAGAUACUUUCUUGAAGAGCUUUUAUGAAAAUUUGAGUGAAGAUAAGUGGAGUUUUGAACACAUUAAGUAAAGAGUUUCUACAAAUUUGGAAAAAUUAGGGAGAUUCAAUCUCAAGAUUAAAAAUUUGAGUAAAAACAGAAAUCUGUAGAAAAUAUUUAAUUACUUUUUGAAGAACUCUUAAAAACUAUGGCUUUAAGAUUCUAAAAUUAGAGACAAAGACUGGUACAUAGAAUAAAUAAAUUUGAUGGUUAAAGCAUAAGAAAGACAAAUCCUUCAAAAUUUUACAAAUUGCUAUAAAAAGCAGAGGAAUAAUAGCAUGAAAAAAUGA